AUGUCGAACUGGAACGUAAACGCCAACUCAUUCGUGCCGAACGUUAACGCGCCCGUCUUCGUUCCAGGCCAACCAUACACACCGCCAGCACCUCAGCCAGCUCCCGAGCCAGCAGAGGACUGGGAAACUCAAGCGGACACGUCUCCACAAGAGGAGCAACCAGCUCCACCCGCGCCAAUUGAGGAAGCGGCUUCGGCUCCAGAAGCUCCGGCUCUAGAAGCAGCAGCAGCCCCACAGAAAAAGGAGCCAACACCCGAAGAAGAUGUGAUCGCGCCACUCGCCAAAAAGUUCCAACGAACUGUCUACGUUGAGGACGGAACCCACAAAGAGCACAUCAAUAUCGUGUUCGUCGGACACGUCGACGCCGGCAAAUCGACAAUCGGUGGACAACUCAUGUUCCUGACUGGAAUGGUUGAUAAGCGGACACUGGAAAAGUACGAGAGAGAAGCCAAGGAGAAGGGACGUGAGAGUUGGUAUCUGUCGUGGUGUAUGGACACAAACGAUGAGGAAAGAGAGAAGGGAAAGACGGUAGAAGUGGGAAGAGCGUAUUUCGAAACGGAGAAACGUCAUUUCACUAUUCUUGAUGCACCAGGUCACAAGUCUUUUGUGCCGAACAUGAUCGCUGGAGCCACUCAAGCUGAUUUGGCCGUUUUGGUAAUCUCCGCUCGUCGUGGAGAAUUCGAGACCGGAUUCGACCGUGGAGGUCAAACCCGUGAGCACUCUAUGCUCGUAAAAACCGCCGGUGUCAAGCAUCUAGUGAUCCUCGUCAACAAAAUGGACGACCCGACUGUCAAGUGGGAGGAGGAACGAUUCAAAGAGAUCGAAGGAAAACUAACACCAUACCUCAGAAAACUCGGAUUCAACCCGAAAACUGAUUUGACCUAUAUUCCAUGCUCCGGUCUUACCGGAUCUUUCAUCAAGGAUCGGCCAUCAGCGUCCGAUGGUUCCUGGUAUACAGGUCCAUGCUUCAUAGAGUUCAUCGAUGUUCUUCUCCCAUCCUACAAGCGUGAUUUCAACGGACCAGUUCGAUGCAUUGUCUGUGAGAAAUACUCUGAAAUGGGAACAGUUAUCAUCGGAAAAAUGGAGUCCGGAUGUGUCCAGAAAGGAGAUACACUCGUUGUGAUGCCCAACAAGCAUCCAGUUCAAGUGCUUCAAAUCUGGGCGGAUGAUGUUGAAACAGAGCGUGUCGUUGCUGGAGAUAAUAUUAAGUUCAAGCUGAAGGGAAUUGAGGAGAGCGAGCUGCAAGCCGGAUUCAUCAUUUGUUCGCCUGAUUCGUUGGCGAAGACUGGAAGAGUUUUCGAUGCGGAGGUUCUUGUGUUGGAGCACAAGUCUAUCAUUGCUUCCGGUUAUUCGUGUGUACUUCAUAUUCAAUCCGCUGUUGAGGAGGUUACAGUGAGGGGGGUCAUCGCCACAAUCGACAAGAAAACCGGCGAGAAGAAGCGUGCGAAAUUCGUGAAACAAGACGAGAAAUGCAUCAUGCGACUAGAAAGUGUCGAAGCAUUCGUUCUCGAGCCAUUCAAAGAGUACCCAUACCUUGGAAGAUUCACUUUGAGAGACGAAGGAAAAACGAUCGCCAUCGGAAAAGUGCUCAAAGUUAUUGAGUAA